GGACUGUUAUUAUCGCUGCACCUCCAGCCGGAUACUGUACAAGCAUGUCGCUGGUUUUAGUCAGUUGUCAGGUUUAUUGAAAUCAUUUCUGUAUAGUUUAUAUUUUAUCAGUUUAUAUUGUGAAGGAAGUCUUCGUGUGACCGCUCAUGGCUUCUCGAGCAGUCUGUCAGAUUCUGCAGCGCCGCCUGGCGUCGAGCGCGGCGGCUGCGCGUCUCUCGUCUGCCGAUCUGCGCAGUCGUCGCAGCGCUCAGUUCUCGGAGGAGCAGAGGCGUCAGCGCUCGCUGUAUCCGCGCACUGAGAAGAUCGAGGUGAGCCUGCGAGGGCCCGGCCUCCAGGGGGCGCUGCUCGUCAUGAACCGGGGCCAGUCCACGCCACACAGCUGCACGCGCCAUCUGACUGAGUGGCACGUGAAGAGUUCGGUUCUGGCUCUGGUGGAUGGAGAACCGUGGCACAUGCAUCGACCUUUGACCCGGUCCUGCGACCUCACCCUCCUCACCUUUAAAGAUGAAGACCCUCUGAUAGUCAAUCAGGCGUACUGGCGCUCCUGUGCUUCUCUUCUGGGUCAUGUGCUCGACGGCGCGUUUAAAGACGAGUUCAGCGUGGAGCUGCUGAAGCUUCCAGAAGUGCCCGUGACCGCCGGUGCGUUCUGUUGUGAUCUGGUUCUGGACUCUCGUUUGGACUCAUGGACUCCUUCAGAGGAGAAUCUGCGCAGUUUAACCCGUGAAGCGCUGCAGCUCGUGAGUAAAGAUCUGCCGUGGGAACCGCUGGACGUUUCUCCGUCUGUGGCGCUGGACAUCUUCUCUCACAGCAGGUGUAAACAGGAGGAAGUUGAAGAGAGAGCGGCUCAAAGUCAGAAUGGGACUGUGACAUUAUACAGGUGUGGUGAUCAUGUGACGCUGAGCGGAGGUCCUCUAGUGUCCCGCACGGGUCUGUGUUCGCAGUACGAGGUCACGAGUGUCCAUACGCUGGGAGAGUGUGUGUGGGGCGUCCAGCGCAGGGCUCAGGGUCUCUCGCUGCCCGUCAACCUGACCGCUAAUCAUAAAGUGUGGAGGAAGCUGCGCAACAGAGCAGAAAGACUCGUGCAGAUUCCCUCGUCCUCAACAGCGACCCCUCCUGUUACAGCUGAGGCUCCUCCCCUCACACCAGAGGCUCCGCCCCCUCCACAGUAAUCCAACCUCCUCUCCCAAUGUUCAGUGUUUAUAUAAUGUUAAAUAAAUAUGUCAUCAACAUGUAUAAAACACA